UCCUCAUUCAUUUCAACCCACUAAAAGAAGACAACGGUUGCAUACGAGAAAUGUUUAUUUUUUUAUUUUUUGUUUGUUUAUUUCUGAUGUAAUACAGGGAGUUGUCCUGGUGUUCUGGAUGGAAGAUUAUUCAAGGAAAUCUUCUAUCACACCAAAUAUGUCAGCGCUGACCCUGCGCUGUCUCACAGGAAGUGCUGGAUUCAGCUCAACUCUGGUGUGGAUUCUUUGAGGUCUCUGCUGCUUCUGAUUUACUUCUGUGUUUGGUUCUGGACUCAUGCGUGACUGAGCUCAAGCAGAACCAUGUCCGAGACCCUGCAGCUGCCUGCGCUGCAGAUCCAAGGCCCAGGCGACAGGGAUCCGAGGAUCUGCAAUGGAUCCGACGGGGAUCCUGCCCUGUCCAGCUCAUCCAGCCCGUCUCUACGUCGCAAGCGCUUUAAAAUGCGACGUAUGAAGAACAUUACGAGUGAGAAAGAGCAACUAGAGAAGGAACAGCUUCAGCAAUCCAGUUCCAAGGAAUACUUGCAGCUUCCGUCUAUCGAGAUCACACCAUCCAGUGAUGAGGAUGGCGUGUGGUCGAGCUGUUCCACGCCCAGCGCCUCACCCCAACGCAAACGCUUCCUCCUGCGCAAGUGGCUCAGAGGUGGCGAGAAAAAAGAUCACGGCAGUGAGAGCAGCAGUCAGCAGAGCAGCCUGCAGAGCAGCCACGAGGAAGAGUCCACACGCUACCUGAGCCCCAACACCCGUGAGGACAGCACUGCCAGCAACUCGAACCGCAGCACGCCGGCCUGCUCACCCAUCCUGCGUAAACGCUCGCGCUCUCCAACAUCCCAGAGUCCAGAGGGAGAGAAUAUGGUGGAGAAGAGCUCCGAUCAUUCAUCCGACAAAUCCCCCUCCACCCCAGAACAAGCAGUUCAGCGCACAUACAGCCAGACGCUUCACACCACUCGGCCCAGCGGCAAAAACUCCAAGUCACACAAGAGACUGUCUAAAAAAAGUCAAAGCUGGUAUAACGUUUUGAGCCCCACAUACAAGCAGCGAAAUGAAGACUUCAGGAAGCUCUUUAAGCAGCUGCCUGAUACGGAGCGUCUCAUUGUGGACUACUCCUGUGCCCUUCAGAGAGAUAUUCUCCUGCAGGGUCGCCUCUACCUCUCAGAAAACUGGAUCUGUUUCUAUAGCAACAUCUUCCGUUGGGAAACCCUGUUGACUGUGAGGUUGAAAGACGUCUGCUCCAUGACAAAAGAGAAGACGGCCAGACUCAUCCCCAAUGCAAUUCAGCUGUGCACAGACAGUGAGAAGCACUUUUUUACCUCAUUUGGUGCAAGAGAUCGAACGUACAUGAUGAUGUUCAGACUCUGGCAAAAUGCUCUCCUGGACAAGCCAUUAUGUCCCAAAGAACUGUGGCAUUUUGUCCAUCAGUGUUAUGGGAAUGAGCUGGGUCUGACCAGUGACGAUGAAGAUUAUGUUCCUCCUGAUGAUGACUUCAACACCAUGGGGUACUGUGAAGAGAUUCCUGUUGAAGACAAUGAGGCUAAUGACAACUGCCCCAAAACCCCAGAGGCCAAAAUAGACAUCAGCCCCCAGCUACACAGGAAAGUGUUCCCCAAUAGCAGUCUCAAUUCCACGGACAGCACAGAUGCACCGGUCAAUUUUGACAUGCCCCCAGUGGAAGACUUUACAGGCUGUGUUCCAGAAGAUCUCCUGCCUCUGCCUUUACCUGACAACAUGCUGUCAGAUACCAGUGGCUCCCUCCCUGUUCAUGUCCCCUCCCCCUCCCUUGACUUUAACGACAAUGAGGACUUGCCCACCGAACUCAGCGACUCCUCAGAAACACACGACGAAGGGGAAGUACAGGCCUUCCAGGAGGAUUUGAAUGGGAAGCUUUACAUUAAUGAGGUGUAUAAGUUCAGUGUGGAUAAACUCUAUGACAUCCUCUUCACUGAAUCCCAGUUCAUGAGGGACUUUCUGGAGCAGAGACGCUUCUCGGAUGUGGUGUAUCAUCCCUGGAGGAAGGAGGAAACGGGUAAUCAGACCAGAGAGAUCAUGUACACCAUCUCCCUCUCCAACCCACUUGCCCCAAAGACAGCCACAGUCACAGAGACACAGACGUUACACAAGGCCAGUCAGGUGAGCGAGUGUUACAUCAUCGAUGCUGAAGUCAUCGCUCACGAUGUCCCGUAUCACGAUUACUUUUACACGCUCAACCGUUACAUGCUCACUAGAGUAGCCAAGAACAAGUGCCGCCUCAGGAUAUCGGCUGAACUGCGCUACAGGAAGCAGCCGUGGGGAUUGGUCAAGGGCUUUAUAGAGAGAAACUUCUGGAGUGGCCUAGAUGAAUAUUUCAGGUAUUUAGAGUUGGAGUUAAAUAAGGCACAGCUGCUGCUUUCUGAACCUCACAAACAGUCUCCCAACUCCAAAGCGUUACGCACAGCUACAGUGAGGCGUCGGAAACGCCCCUUGACGCACAUGAGACAGCAGAACCUGGAUGAGGCGCUCAGUCCCGUCACCACACCUGAGGACGAGAAGAGUGUCGUCCACCGCAUCAAACACGUGGCAGGAUCCACGCAGACCAGACACAUCCCGGAACACAGAUCUGAGGGCCUGGCUCUCUACAGUUUUUCCAAACUCCUGCUCAUCAUCAGCUCAGUUCUGGUGCUGCUGGUAUUUUUGAAUAUGAUGCUAUUUUAUAAGCUCUGGAUGCUGGAAUACACGGCCCAGAGUUUGACCUCCUGGCAUGGUCUCAGGUCUCAUGAAAGUAAAAUUCCACAGACACAGAUUGAAUGGGCCCAACUUUUGGAAUCUCAGCAGCGUUAUCAUGAAAACGAGCUAGAGAAAUGGAGGGAAAUAAUAAAGUCGUCUGUGCUGUUGUUAGAUGAGAUGAGAGAGUCUUUAAUGAAGCUGCAGAAAGGUGUUGGAAUAAGAGACUAUGAAUCCGAUAGUGAGGAAAGAACACGGCAUCACUGACAAACAGAAUCCCGGCUCAGCAAACGUAAGGAACAUCUCCACUUGGAAGAGAUUUGACGAGCUGGGCCGGGUGGGGCUAGGUAGGGUGGGGCGAAUGAAGUGGGGGGCUCCAACUGAACAGUUCUCACACUCUGGCUGCAAUACCUCGAAGUGUCGUCAGACAGCAGACACCAAAGGAAACCCUGCACUAUCAUCUCUGUCUUCUCUUUCUCGUUUUUAUCCAUCUUUACUUUCUGGGAUGUUCCGGAUUCCGACGAUGAGAGAGACAAAAAAGGACGGCAUGAAAUCGGAGCCCCAUGUGAAAACCUGAUUGUGAAAUCAUCACCUAGGGCUAAAACAAACCAACAAACCAAAACAAUUCAACCGUAACAACAAAACGGACACUGACACUCUGGUUUAAACACUUAAAAGACUAAAUUGGACGUUUAAACGCAACAGCAUCCCCUUUUUUAAAAUCUUUUGGAGUCUGGGACCAAAAAAAUAUGUAGUUAUUAUCAACAAGUGUUACUUGGUCAUGCAUACAUUUAUUUAUUAAGAAAAUAUGGAAUUGAAGUAUAUUAUAAAUACACAUGAAAAUAUACUGUAUUAUUUGUAAGUAGAGUUAUAUUUGUUAAUUUAUAACAGGCUUCCAUGGAGAAUCAAGGCUGGUUCCUUGCCAUGGUGCAUCAUCUAUAUGCAACUUAUUUUCCUCCCCUGUGGAGGAGUUACAUACUACCCCUGAUUGGUUGAUUUGUAAUGGCAAAAGAGCAACGGUCACUUUUGAGGUUGAAAGACGGUAGAAUCAUUGACUGUUUGUUACUGGCUGCAUUCCAAUUUGCACACUUCUACUAUGCACUAAAAUUGUGUACUUCACUGGUGAUGGGAAAGUACAUCCUUUUAAAGGAACAGUUCACGCAAAAAAGGAAAAUUCUGUCAUAAUUUACUCACCCUUAUGUUGUUCCAAACCCAUAUGACUUCCUUUCUUCUGGCUCAACCAGUGGCAUGAGCUUGGUGCAGGACUAUCUUUUUGCCCAACCAAUGGAAGUCAGGUGGGAGUGUUUGGGUAAACUUGUUGGAAAAUUAUCAUUAUUUCCAUGAAAUUCCAUUUAGUGGUGCUACGCUACGCUAGUGGUGCAGGAAUUACACACUUCACUUUUAGGUUCAUAUAUUUAAAAACUGCUGUGGCAGCUCUGGUCUCACAUUCCUUAUCAGUUUUUGAUAAUUAAAUAGUCGACAGAGAAGCAUCACAAACGACUGUAGGCAACAUUUGCUGCAAAGUAGGACUUGGGAGAAAAAAAUAUUGAUUUUACGAUGCAUCAUCACAAUCUUUGUUUGAGCAAUCUCGAUAUUGAUUCUUAAAUCCCCAAUUCGAUCUUUUACUCUAUGCGCAACCCUGUACUACAAUGAGAGGAAAUCACUUGCAUUUGCAACCAAAUUUUGUGCUAUUUGACUAAAAACCAGUGAGUUUAGCAGCGAGCGUUCCAUGUAAUGGGUGUCCAAAGACGAGAUCCACUCAACCCAUUUGUCAUGAAUAAUGUCUCUUUUAAUACCCUUUCAGUUCUUUACAGUCAGUUGUUGAUCAAAAACAACAAAAAAUAAACAUUUAUUAUUAUUAUUAUUGUAUUUAAUCACACAUAGUACACAUGGAUAAAGCCAUUAGAGUCCUCUCUCUCGAAUAUGUGCUAAUUUAUAGACGCUCUAUACAGAACAGCUGGUUUUCUUAAAGACACAGUACUGGUUUUCAGCACUUUUAACAAAUCAAUGUACUGUGAGUACUUGUAAAGAGUACAAAUUAUGCAUGCAAUCAAUACAUUAUAUAAUAUAUGCAUUAUAAUAUCAUAUUUAUUGAUUGAAUACAUGGAUUCAUGAUUCUUUUUUUUUUCUUCUUUUUUUUUUUAAAGUUAAAAUGUGACCAAAAUGGUGAAAAACGAAUCAAAUAUAAUUAAUAAAAUUAAUAUUUUCUUAACGUACCAAGUUAGAAUGUCCCUUGUAUAAUUUACAGCAUUAGCUGGAAGAGACUUUCUUCAUAUGUAAGCAAAAUGGACAUUUAAACUGUAUUAUAAAUGGAAAUAUACCCAUAUGAAUCGAUAACUAACUAAAUAAAAAUCGGAAUCGAUUCAAGAGCUUGUGAAUCGUAUCGAGAAAUCUAUACCAAUACCAAACCCCACAGACAAGCAUUCAUGAAUAAACAUUUUGAAAAUUAAAUGAAAAUUGUACACUUCCAGGCACUUUUGGCAUAAUAUUUCGAACGCAAUAUAUGAUUUCAUAUAUGAUUGAAUAUUCAUUUUAUGAUUUUGGACAUACUAAUCCUUUUUAAUUAUGCAAAUUGGGAUGCAGCCAUAAUGUUCUACAAGCCUGAGGUCAACCAAACCUCUCACGCUGUUACGCUGGAGUAUCAGUAGUUAACCAUAAAAACUGCAUGUUCACCAAUAAGCAUCCAUUCCCUUGUGAAUGAGUUAUUGUUGCAAGAAUGCUUCUGUCUUGCCUCGGGGUUCAUUUAUAUCCUGCGGGCAGAUGUAAACAACUUCAUAUUGCUAAGCUUUUCAAAUGUCAUGUGAGAACAUAUUGAACUUGGUUUGGUCUGUUGCAAUGAAGCUGGACAGCAUUAUUUUAUUAAUUCUUUCUUAAAAAGAGACCAGCUUUUUUUUUUUUUUUUUUUUUUUUUUAAGACUAAACUGUGAAUAAUUCCAAUUAUGCUUGAAUUUAAACAGAUCAGUAUUCAGAGCCUCUGGUAAUAUAAUUAAAGUUUAAAUCAUUCAACUUCCUUAAAAGGUCAACGUAACCUUACACUCUUGAGGUGCCACAAGUAAAGUUGUGUCUUGUAUGAAAACACAAAAGCCCAAAAGAGUGUAACAACAAAAUCUCAAACUCAAGGCCUCUGACAAACUGAGCCUUGUUGCUCUUAUGGGUGACACAGGUUCAAGUCCAGCUCCUGUCAUUUCUUGAUCAUGUUCUCUCGUUUUUCUACCCAUAAUUUUCUAUCAGUCUUUUUUAUCUCUAUCUAUAAAAGUGACAAAAUGUCAAAAAAUAAAAGUAGAAAAUGUAUUUACUGGAUUGGAUCUAUUGCUAAGCAAGAAUUUCACAAUCUAUUAAUGGUAACCUGAUUUGUGUAAUUAAAAAUCUUUUUUGAAGUCUUCUACUUAUUACACAGCACUGUUGUCCAGUUUAAGAUUGAUGUAGAUUCCAAAAAUGUGUUCUGUUAGGGAGUCGACUGUCUCAUUAAUUUCUGAAUUGCCUCAUACAUUAGUCCUUGUUUUUGUGUCCUGCCGUGUUAAAAGCUGAUAAAAAGCUGAAAUCAUGUGGAUGGACUGAUUUGAUAUUUCAGUCUCUCACUGGUGGGGUCACUCAAGGUCAACUGGAUCUUAAAGUAAUAUUCCAGGUUCAGUAGAAGUUCAGUCGACAGCAUUUGUGGCAUAAUGUUGAUUACCUCAAUAAUUUAUUCGGAAUCGUCCCUCCUUUUCAUAAAAAAAUGAAAUAUGCAAAAAUCGAGGUUACAGUGAGGCACUUUCAAAUGGAAGUGAAUGGGGCCAAUUCUUGAAGGAUUUAAAGGUAGAAAUGAGAAACUUAUAAUUUUAUAAAAGCACUUACAUUAAUUCUUCUUUUAAAUCCUGUGUAUUAUUUGAGCUUUAAAAGUUGUUUAAAUCAUCUUUUUUGUGGGGUUACAGGGUUUACAGCUUGCAGAGUUGGAUAUAACUUAACACAGAAAAGGUUAGUACGUGAUUUAAUCACACUAAAUUCAUAUUUACAUGCAGUUAAUUUACGUCUUGUGGCUAUACUUUUGAAAAAGUGAGUAUUUAAACAGUUACGGUUUGGCCCUAUUUACUUCCAUUGAAAAUGCCUCACUGUACCCUUGAUUUUUUUUUAUUCUUUUUUUCUUUUUUGAAGAAAAGCAGGGAUGAAAUUAAUUUUUGUGGUAAUCUUCAUUAUGCCACAAAUGUUGUCAAUUGAGCUUAACUUCCUUUAAUGCUUGUUUGUCUUGUAUCCAUAUCAGUUAAAGGAAUAGUUAACCCAAAAAUGAAAAUUCUGUCAUUGUUUACUAACCCUCAUGUUGUUCCAAACUUGUAUGCCUUUCUUUCCUCUGUGGCACACAAAAUGAUAUGAUAGGCAGAAAGUUCAAUCUCAGUCAUCAGUCACUUUAAUUGUUUUUAAAAAAAGAUGCAAAAAAGCUAAUGGGUCCUUGCAAGGAAGUAUGGUUUAGAGCAACAUGAGGGUGAGGAAAUGACAAAAAAAUUUCCUUUUAUGGUGAACUAUCCCUUUAAGAAUAAACAGACAAAGCCAACUUUGAUACUGCAUUAUUGGUUCCGAGCCGACCACCCACAAAAUAUCAACAGAGAUCAAUCAGAGAGCAAUCAGACUCACAGCAUUCUCCUCUCAUUCACACGUGUCAUUGACUUUCCCGAGGGUUCCGUGACUCGGACUUGUCCUUUCACAAAGUAUUUUUCAUGUUGAGUCUGAUGCUGUAAAAAAAAAUGUCCAGGCAGGGAACAGGCAGUUUAUAUUUUUCUAUCUACCUCCAUUUACAAUCUCAUCUUUUAAACCAAUAUGCACUUGAUGUGCGAUGGCUGUGUGUUCAAGUACUGUGUGUACAUUAUGAAUCCACACAUGAACAGCCUCUGUGUGAAUGUAUUUUCUUGAUGAAAGUUGAACCUUUAUUUGUAUGUUAUCUGCUGAUUUUUGAAUCACUGAAGAUUUAGAGGCCAUAACAUCUUUUGAUGUCAAGCGAUUGGAGGCUAUAGUGCAACACUGCAUACUGUCUGGCCCUAAAAAUAGGCCUAUUAUUUUUCUGUUCUGUAUACUACAGUAUCUGCAGAGACAGGAUGAUUGCUUUUCUAUGGCUAUGACUGCUAUGGUGCAUACUUAUUUGAAUUGCAUUGAUUGUCUCAUUUUUAUUUAUAUGUUUAUUUAUUUCAUUAUAAUUUCUAAAUGAUCUUAGCCAAAAAUCAUGUCAAGGUCAGGUGCAAAGCACUAAGGAACACACAGGAUAAGUUUAGUCUGUUUUUCCCACAAAACAUUGUAAAUAUUUUCUCAUGAUCAAAUUAAAUCAUAAAAUGACUUUGAAGUUCACUAAAUUAAUUCAUAUGCUAAUGGUUUUGUUUCCAAAGGAAAAUCUAUCUAGUACCAUACACAUUUUAUAAAAGUAGUUUCCAGCCCUGGAAAGAAGGAAUUGUUGCUAAAGAACUGCAUCAAAUUUGUAAAAGAAAAAAUAUUACAACAAUUUUAGCAUUGUAACUUAAAACAGUUUAAAAGUGCUUUGUUUUUUAUUAUUUAAAUUUCUCUAUUCAAAAUGUAUAUACACACGAGUAUAUUGCAAUGGAUGUAUAUGUUGUGUACAGUGCACAUCCAACAUGCGCUGGCAGCACUGUGUGGGAUCCCUGGAAAAAUGUCUGAGGAAAUAUAACUAAACAAUUUGUGUUGUCAAGAAAUAGGUGGCAUGAUUAAAACAUGAUUAAAAAUAAAAGUAUCUAAGAGA